AUUGGGCAUAAAACGACGUCGAUUCAAAUGGCUAUUAAACGCCUCAGAGGGGCACCUCCUCUGCUAGGGUUAGAAGCCUCUCCUCGUUUUCUCUCGGUGCCUUCAGACGCUCCGCCGCUCUCUCUCUCUCCACUGAUCGAACUCGAUGGCUCCGAAGAAGGAAAAGGCUCCUCCGUCGUCCAAGCCCGCGAAGUCCGGCGGGGGAAAGCAGAAGAAAAAGAAGUGGAGCAAGGGAAAGCAGAAGGAGAAGGUGAACAACAUGGUGCUGUUUGACAAGGCCACAUACGACAAGCUCCUCUCUGAAGCCCCCAAGUACAAGCUCAUCACUCCUUCCAUUCUUUCCGAUCGGCUGAGGAUCAAUGGAUCACUUGCAAGGAAGGCUAUAAAAGAACUGAUGGCCAGAGGACUGAUUAGGAUGGUAUCUGCCCAUUCAAGCCAGCAGAUAUAUACUAGGGCAACUAACACUUAGGUGUCUCAUAUUUUUUUCCUCGUGAAAUUAUAUGUAGAAUGGUUAUUUUAAACCCGCUUUGUGUCGAGAUUUUGUUAUGCUUAUGCUACUGGAUUUGAUGGUCUUGAAGUUGCUCGCAAGGAUUUGUUUCUUUUGGGGAUUUUUAUGGAACCUUUUGAGAUUGUUGUUUCUA